CACAUGUUGAAGACCGGGCAGAGGCAGAGAGACUAGACUAAAGAAGCUUUAAGACAGGGCUUAUUUUGUGAUGUAGAAUUAUUAGCUUUUAAAGUUUGGGUCUUUACGAUUUUAUUACGAGUAAACACGAUUGUAGACAUGGAUAUAUUCUUUGCUGCGAGUUCUUCUCUCCUACCCGUUUUGUUCUGUCUUCAACUGCAACUCCACUGUCUUGUUUGGGCUGCAAUGGACUCCUGCUAUGAUGAGGAGGGAGUUCCCAGUCGCUGUAUGCCCAAGUUUGAGAAUAUUGCCUUCAAUCGCACCGUGGAGGUGUCAAAUGUGUGUGGCUCCCCGCCUGAAGACUACUGCAUGCAGACUGGCUCGACGCGCUCAUGUCACUACUGUAAUGCAUCAGAUCCAGAGCUCAGCCACAAUGCCAGCUUCCUGACAGACUUUCACAGAAAUGAGGAGCCCACGUGGUGGCAGAGUCAGUCCAUGUUCUAUGGCAUCCAGUACCCCAAUUCUGUCAACCUCACCCUCCACCUUGGAAAAGCCUUUGAGAUAACCUACAUUCGACUGAAGUUUUACACCAGUCGGCCAGAAAGCUUUGCCAUUUACAGACGUACUGAAGAGGACGGGCCUUGGUUACCUUAUCAAUACUACAGCGGCUCUUGUAAGAACACUUACCGGAAGGAUGCUAAAGCCUACAUCCGCCCAGGCAACGAUGAAAGGACUGCCCUUUGUACAGAUGAGUUUAGCGAUAUCUCACCCCUUACUGGAGGAAACGUGGCUUUCUCUACCCUGGAAGGCCGGCCCAGUGCGUACAACUUUGACCAAAGUCUGGCGCUGCAGGAAUGGGUGACCGCCACUGACCUGCUCAUCUCUUUAGACAGACUGAACACAUUUGGGGACGAGUUCUUUAAGGACGCUAAUGUCUUGCGCUCGUACUAUUAUGCCAUCUCUGACUUCUCCGUGGGUGGCAGAUGUAAGUGUAACGGUCACGCCAGCGAGUGUGUUGAUGGGGAACAGGGUGGCCUGGUGUGUGCCUGCCAGCAUCACACAGUGGGAGUCGACUGCCAGAGAUGUCACCCCUUUUACCAGGACAGACCCUGGGCCAGGGCCACGGGGGACUCCGCCAACGAGUGUCUGAGGUGCAACUGCAGUGGGAAAUCGGACGAGUGUGUGUUUGACGUAGAGCAGUACAGGAGCACCGGCAGUGGGGGGCGCUGUGUAAACUGCAGAGACAACACCGACGGGCCUCAUUGUGAGCGCUGCAAAGACAACUACUACAGAGAAUUCCCAGAAGAGCUCUGCCUACCAUGCAACUGCUCCAUCGAUGGAUCAGAGAGUCUGCAGUGUGAUGAAAAGGGAAGGUGUGUUUGUCGAGUCGGCGUGACGGGGGAGAAGUGCGACACGUGCCAUGAGGGUUUCCAUUCACUGGGACCUGGCGGCUGCAGGCCAUGUGAGUGUGACCAGGGUGGAAGCAUGGACCAUUGCUCUCCACUGGACGGACGUUGUUACUGUAAGCCGAAUGUGGAGGGGCAGAGCUGUAACAGAUGCAAGCCAGGAUUUUUCAAUUUGCAACACGUAAACCCAGGCGGCUGCCAGCCUUGUUUCUGUUUUGGCCACUCUCUGGCCUGCUCCUCAUCUAAUCGCUACACUGCUGUCAACAUCACGUCAGACUUCAUCGAAGACCAGGAUGGUUGGUUGGGCGAGUUCUCCAGUUUUGUGGAGUACCCCCUGCUGUGGAAAGAAGGUGAAGUCUACCUGCUGCCUCUUGGAGAGGAAGACACUGGCUUCUACAAAGCUCCUGAGAGAUUCCUGGGUCAUCAAGUCAACAGCUAUGGCCAGCCUCUCUCCAUCACCUUCACCUCUGAGACACCCGAGCUUCUCCCAGACCACGUCACCCUGCUCCUCCAGGGUUCUGGGAUCACCCUGUCGGCCGACCUCUCCUUUCAACCAGGAUUUGAGCACGAUGCUGGUCCCACCCCUCAACGCUCCUUCUUUGUCAGACUCCAUGAAUAUGAGAAGAGAUUCAAGCCGCAUCUCUCCGCCUUUGAGUUCCAGCUUCUCCUUUCUAACCUGACAGCUCUGAAAAUCAGCAACGCUGGAGGACACAACUACACAUCACAACUCGCUGUGGUAACCCUGACCUCAGCUUCCAUCUUCUCCAGUCAGGCCGGUCCUCCCGCUCCGUGGGUGGAAACGUGUUCUUGUCCUCUGGGCUUUGCAGGCGAGUUCUGUGAGAGAUGCUCCCCAGGAUUCACCCGAGAAGACCCUGUCAGAGGACGCCUCUCAACGUGUGUACCGUGCAAUUGCCACCAUCAUGGAACCUGUCAUCCAGAAACAGGUGUGUGUGAGUGCUCUCACUUCACCGCCGGGAUGACCUGCGAGCGCUGCCUGGAUGGCUACUACGGCGAUGCUUUGAUUGGCACUCCUGCUGAUUGUCAGCCGUGCCCUUGCCCAGACCGGAGCAGCUGCGCCCAGAUUGCACAGAGCGGACAGGUGGUCUGCACCAACUGCCCCGCCGGACAGACAGGGACACGCUGUCAGAUGUGCGAGGACGGUUACUAUGGCGACCCCCUGGGAACGUCCGGCACGGCUCGGCCGUGCGCGAGAUGCGACUGCAGCGGCAACGUGGAUUUCAACUCGGUGGGGACGUGCGACCGCGUCAGCGGGCGGUGUUUGAAGUGCCUCGGGCACACGGACGGCGAGCGCUGCCAGCGCUGCCAGCGGGGAUACUACGGCGACGCCCUCGACCACGCAGCCAGCCAGAAGUGCAGGCCGUGCAGCUGCAGUUCUGCUGGAACCUCUGGGCAUGUAAAUGAGUGCCACCCUCAGACAGGAAAUUGCCUCUGUCUCAGUCAUGUGACCGGACGAGACUGCAGUCACUGCAUCGUUGGCUUCUUCAACCUCCAACCGGGACUUGGGUGUGAAAGGUGUCAGUGUAACCCAAUAGGCUCAUUGUCAAUGGCGUGCCAUCCAGCCACAGGGGCGUGUUUGUGUCGUGCAGGGGUGGAGGGGCAGCUGUGUGACUCCUGCCGUUUUGGCUUCUUUGGAUUCUCCAUGCGAGGCUGCAGAGCCUGUAACUGCGACCCGAUGGGCUCAGCUUCCAUGCAGUGUCACAGCAACGGUACCUGCCUGUGUCGCCAGGGCUUUGUGGGCCAUAAAUGUGACAAAUGUGAGCUGAACUAUUUUCACAGCAGAGCCACGCACCAGUGUGAGGAAUGUCCAGUUUGCUAUGGCCUUGUCAAAACACAGGCCGAGAAGCUUCGGACUCGCCUGGAGGAUUUGGAGAAGCUCCUAGCUCACUUUGAUUGUCGGGGUAGAUUUGGGGAGCAGUUCCUCCUGCUGAAGUAUCACAUGGCGAGGCUUCACGAACACGAGCACCAGAGGGAGGACGCCUUCCCCAACGCUCUGGAGGAUUUCCUGACUUUCCAAGAGGCACGGGAGGCCUUCAUAAAACAAUUUUCCUUGCUGGAAGCCUCCACCGGCGCUCUUUUAGCUCAGCUGCAUGGCGUUACAGUGACUUUGAACUGCAGCGUUAGCGCCUUGGAGGAAGAGGGGAAGGAAACAAAGAAGGAUGAGAGAGGCGCGUGUCAAACGUUAGCCGAGACCACACUCGCAAUCAGAGCGUCUGAUGAACAGCUGAAGCAGGCAACACUGGACCUGGACAGCCUGAUCAUUCCUUUCGAAGCCAUGUCAGCGCCAAACAAAUGGAACAUUAUGGUCAAUGACUCACAGGUCCUAAUGAAAAGGCACAGAGAAAUGGCAGAUCAGAUUGAGACCGUGGCCAGCAGGGCAAUGCGAGUUUCAAAGCAGACCUUUAGCUUCCUGAUGGAUCUACUGCAGGACAACUCCACUGAGGAGUUUAUCAGGAAUCUGACGGAGAGACUCUCACAAAUGCAGCAGCAGAAGGAGAGGCUAACUGCAGAGCUAAACGAUACUGUAGCUGAGCAUUUGGCCCUGGAGGAAGAAGACACUAGUUUAAAGCUCGUCCUGGGUAACAUCACAUCAUCCUUACAUCAGCUGGAUGUCAGAACGUCAUCAGGAGUGGAGCGAAUGCAUUUCAACCAAACACAUCCACUAAACUACACAACAGAGUGGGCUGACAACCUUCUGAAGCAGACGGAAGAGCUGGACCUGCAAAUUCAAAGCAAAGAGAACUUCUACAGUGACAUCAGCGCAGAGACUGAGUCUGUUACACAAAAAGCCAGGAAGAAUUUGCAGAACAUGGAUGACAUAAAAUAUCUGCAGGCUCACGCUCAAGAGGCAAAAGUUGUGGCUCUGUCUUCUGUGGUGACGGGAAAGGAGGUAGAGUCAGACGCCAACGCCCUGCACAGAAAAGCAGAAGACAUGGUGACAGAGUGGCCCCUCCAGCAGGCUCAGACCAAGGCUGCAAUGAAGAAGGUUAAGCCCUUGGAGGACAAGGUCCUGGCUGAGGUCAGGAAAAAGAUCAAACAGACAGAGAAGAUGAUGGAACCAGCUGUGGAAAAGUCCAGGCUCGCUCACAAUACCACUGUGGAGGCUGAGCGAAUGGCACAAGCUGUGGCACAGGAAUUUAAGGCUAUUCUAACCCAGGCCAAACAUACCAGGACUGCAUCUGGUCACCUUGGUUCCCAUAUAGACUCUACAUUACAGGAGCUGUCUAAGCAGGAGCUGCUGGCCCAACAGACAAACCUCCAGAUCCCAUCAGAGCCUGAGUUGUCCCUGACCAGCAUAAAGGAGGACAUGGAAGCAGCUAAACUGCAGCUGGAGGCCUACUCUGCCACCCUAAGUGAAUUAAUCAGCAAGAUUGACGGGAGCGUGCCACUGGAGCGAUUCGAUCGGAUCUUAAACGAGACGGCGCGCCGCCUGAGCAUGCUGCGAGGUAGCGUGGAGAGCCCGACACUGGGCUCGAAGAUCCAGAAGCUGCGUUCGGCUGCUAAAGAGCAGCAAAGUCGCCUGUCCCUCAUCGAUCAGGACAUCCAGGAGAUAAGGGAGGAGAGAGACAGUCUCAGGGACAUCGCCUCGAACCUGCCUCAGUCGUGCCCACAGGCCACGGGAAAAGGUAAAGCCUGAAGACGCAGUGUUGAUAAAACAGCGGAAGAUCCAA